ACAGGAGCGGGCGGAGGCGGGAGUGAAGUCUCGCGAGAAGCGGCGGUUGCCGUAGCGGAGCCCUCGGGCUGUGUGCGUGCGUGCGUGUGUCUGGGGAGUCUCGGCUGGAGUCGCGGACGGUUUGCCAAGCCCGUUAGAACCCCUGGCUGACACCCCGCCGCCAUCAUGUCCCGCUACCUGCGUCCCCCCAACACGUCCCUGUUCGUGAGGAACGGUCUGAAGAUUUACGGCGCGAAUUUGGUCGUUAUGGUCCUAUAGUUGAUGUGUAUGUUCCGCUUGAUUUCUACACUCGCCGUCCAAGAGGAUUUGCUUAUGUUCAAUUUGAGGACGUUCGAGAUGCUGAAGAUGCUUUACAUAAUUUGGACAGAAAAUGGAUUUGUGGACGUCAAAUUGAAAUACAGUUUGCCCAGGGGGAUCGGAAGGCACCCAAUCAGAUGAAGGCCAAGGAAGGGAGGAAUGUGUACAGUUCUUCGCGCUAUGACGAUUAUGACAGAUACAGACGUUCAAGAAGCCGAAGUUAUGAAAGAAGGAGAUCAAGAAGUCGGUCUUUUGAUUACAACUAUAGAAGAUCUUAUAGUCCUAGAAACAGUAGACCGACUGGAAGACCACGACGUAGCAGAAGCCAUUCCGACAACGAUAGAUUCAAACACCGAAAUCGAUCUUUUUCAAGAUCUAAAUCCAAUUCAAGAUCACGAUCCAAGUCCCAGCCCAAGAAAGAAAUGAAGGCUAAAUCACGUUCUAGACCAAACUGCAGCUGGAAUACCCAGUACAGUUCUGCUUACUACACUUCAAGAAAGAUCUGAAAGCGGAAAAAGAACCAAAGAAGGGCAGUUCAAGCGACCAAAGGGUGGGUGGAAGGUGCUGCAGUAUGAAUACUGUACGAAUAUUUUGACUCUGGUCUGAAAAGAUAAAAGAAUGUUAUCGAAAACUACAUGGAAUAAUUGAAGUCCCUUCAAGUUUGAAAGUAAGCAUUUUAGGACAAAUAAAAGGAAAUUCAACUUUGUACUUGUGGAAACUAAUCCCUAAAUAUGAAUAGGUUUAUAUUGAUUCCUGGGUAACAGAUCCAUAGUAAAUUAUCGGAAACUAGGAUGUCUGAAUAUUGAGGAAGACAGCCAUAGUCUCUUGCAGUGCCUCUGUUGGUCUGUCUCAAACUGAAUUGGGUGGGAAAAGAUAUGGUCCAAUGUAAACUUUUUCUCGGUUAUCUCGUAAGUCAGUUGCAUUUCGCCAUUAUUGGCAGAUUUUGCCUUUAUUCUGGUGCCAAUGUGUUCUGCCUAAUCAUUAGCUCUGUUGGCAUCUGAGUUUAUUUACAUCUUCUUUAACCACUCGUUGCCAGAUAAAUUCCAAUCAUACUUGACACCCAGCUAAGAGGGCCCAUCUCUUCUCACCUCUGUUCUAGUCAGUAUAUUCAGUAAAUACUUACAUGGAGCCCUUACUGUGGGCAAAGCACUGUCCUGGAUAGUUGGGGAGAAAAAGCGGUCGUAAUUUCCUGAUUCAAUAACUGAGCACAAUCGAGAGAGUCGUUACAGUCUGGCCUUGUUUUGUGUAAGGUGUAUUAUUCAUAACCAUAUUUUACACCAUAUCAUAAUGUAAUUAUUAAAGCCCAGUAUACUAUGAAAGAAAAGUUAUUUGUGGUUAUAUGCCAUUUGAAAGUAUCCAGUAUUUGUUUGCAUCCCAUUAAUACCAAUAAUGAGAAAAAUGUUUUAAUCUGUAAUAAAUUUGAUUUAUUGUGCAGUGACUGUAAUAUACUAGAGUUAUAUUAAAUUGUUAACUCUGCCUCAUCAAACAGUUAUUAGGAAAUAAUCCCCAAAAUAAGUAUUUAACUUUGCAUUAGAUAUAAAGGAGACUCUGGGUGCUAUAAUUAGAUUGAGGCAGACAGAGCUGUUAUCCCAACUGAUUUAAUUAGUAUGUUCUGUAAUUGAGAAAAUGUUCACCAGAUUAUACCUUUUAGUGAUUUACCUGUACAUUUUAUAGGGGACGUGUUCUGUGUAUAGUAAAUAAAUAACUUUUAUAGUCUCACAAAAUGUUUUGGAUUCCUUAGUUCCUUAUUAGAAUACAAAGAUUGUUUACCUAUAUGUUGCUUCCAUCACAUAUUUGAUUUUUGUCAUUUUUGCCACAUAUCUAAAACUUCAUGUAAAGCUAAUUCAUCUAAAAAAAUCUGGAUAUGGAGUUAAGCCUUUAUGAUUAUUUUGAAAAUGUAGAAUACAUAUAACUUGAAGUAUGGAAUGGAGGUAUUCUUAUCCCUGCUUUAUUUUUUAAAAUAUUUUAAGCCUCACCCAGAACCACAGCACAUAGCUGUGAUCACACAGUAGUUGGGGCAGAUCCUAGGCCAGAGUCUGUAAUCUUUCCCUUGGUUUAUUUUGUCACAUGGAAAAGUUUUCAUAGCUUUGUUUCAUGGAGAAUAUUAGAUUGAUAUAGUGGAAUUUAGAGUUAGAACGAAGAUGGCUAUAGAUUUAAUUACAAAGUGUAUAUUGUUUCAUAUCUUUAUAUGAUUGUAAGUAUUAAGGUGGUUGUUCUUAUGGGUAGAGGUUCUGCAUAUUUUUAACAACUUAAUACAUAGUUCAAAAGGUUUCGCCCUCCACCUCUUCUAGCUCCUUUCAGCUGAGGUUAAAGCAUUCAAGGAGGGAGGAUUAAGUCACAUAUUGAAUUGAAAUUUUGUUUAAAACAAUUAUUGGUAAAGACACGUAUUAGGUUUUUGUGUUACUCUAGCUUUUUUUUGGUGGAAAAUAUUUUGUCAUACAAUAUUUGAUAGUUCUCUAUAGUAAAGUCAGAAAAGGCCCCUGUGGUUUUGGCAACUACUAAACUAGAACUCAUUGUUUUAGGGGAUCUUCUGUGGCCCUUUCCAUUAAUAUAGAAAGCUGUCAUUAGCAUGUAAUGUGCCAAGCCACACAAUUAAAUAUAAGACCAUGCCUGGGAAAUGGGUGGUAGUCUUCUAUAGAUGAUAGUUGUCAUUUAUGCUCACUUGAAUUUAAUUGUACUUUUUUUUUUUUCAUAACUCAUGACCUUACAAAGUAAUGAAUAACUUCUGAAUGAGAAAGAUAGUAAAUGUAAUCCAGUGUCUCAGAGGUGGUAACCCAGAGAUUUUCCAGCCUGGCUUUCCAAAUUUCAGUUUCUUGGAAAUCUUUUGUUGUACUGCAUUUUGACCAUAUUCCUGUUUGUGAAGUCCUGUGAUAAUAGUAUCUUGAAGAGGGGAAGCUAUGGCUUGAGUGAUAGCUGAGGAGUAAUCAGAUUCUACCAGGAGGACCAUCAGAACUUGAGGAGUCCCAGGAAUAAACUCUUAUUUUAGCUUGUGCUAUCUUCAUAAGUAUGGUGAAGUAAGCCACCUGUUUAUUGAGCUGUUGACAAUCUAUUCUGAAAGUCACAAUGGAAAAGGGUCCUACUUUUGGGUUUUGUCCUCUGCCCCCUUCCUCUAACAGUGUUGCUUAUUUUUAUUGUGUUUCUGUGUAUUUGUAAUAGCUGUUUCACCCUUGUAUAAUGAUGGGCUUUUUUCUUUUUGGAAUAAAAUGCAAGGCAUGUAAAUUUA